GACCCAAGUGCACAGCAGCCUUCCAGCACCAGCGUAUGUUUAAAGUUAAGUUACGAGGAGUUUAAUCCCUCUGACAACUUUGUUUUCAAUCGUGGAGUUAUGGAUAUACAGUACGUAUGCUGAAGCCGAACCAACCGAACCAAAAACAAACAGAAAGUCUGCUGGAACCGACGCCCAAAAAGCUUUGUCUUGUGUCGUUUCCCACAGCAGUAACCUCUCGCCAACAAAACAAAAUGCUGAUGGCUUCCUCGGCGAAGCUCUGACAGGACUGACGGUCUCUGCUGUCUGCUUUCUCCCAAUCCAUUGAAUCAACAUUAUAAUUUAGUCAUUGGUUCAGCAGUUGCUUGGCUUGACAGCGCUUCAAACUGCUUUUCAUUUCAUUGUGUCCUGGAGUAAAAACAGCAGUUUAAAUUUGAUUCACCUAGUGCAAUCUAACUGCAACAGAACAGGAGUAAAAGACAUUUAGUGCCAACAACACUUGUGCCAAGAUGGAUGAAGCCCCAAACAACAGGACUUCCUUGGCCAAAGGUGCGAAGGACAUUGCUAAGGAAGCCAAGAAGCAAGCUGCCAAAAAUUUAAACAAAGCAGUUGAUCGUGCCUCUGAUGAAUACAUGACCCAUCGCAGCUACAACCGAUUCCAGAAUGAGGAGGAGGACUACAACUCUUACAGUCAACCAGACGCUCACUAUGCUGAUAAUGCAGCCAACGAUGAAGACGGGGCUUCUAGUGAUGCAACAGAAGGCCACGAUGACGAAGAUGAGAUAUACGAGGGAGAGUACCAAGGUGUACCUGCCUACAAUGAUGGAAAGCCACGAGAUGGUCAGGUGGCGCUGGGACAGCCAGUUUCUGAUAGCCUUAAGAGCCACAAGGAGUUGGAGAAUGAGAGGCAGGCAGAUGAGGAGGAGCUGGCCCAGCAGUAUGAGCUAAUUAUGCAGGAGUGCGGUCAUGGUAGAUUCCAGUGGCAGCUUUUCUUCGUCCUUGGCCUGGCACUCAUGUCCGAUGGUGUGGAGGUGUUUGUGGUUGGCUUUGUCCUUCCCAGUGCAGAGACGGACAUGUGUCUUCCCAACUCUGGUGCUGGAUGGCUUGGCAGCAUUGUGUAUCUGGGGAUGAUGUUCGGAGCAUUUUUUUGGGGCGGCCUGUCAGAUAAGGUGGGCCGCAGACAGUGCCUGCUGAUAUCCUUGUCUUUCAACGGCUUCUUUGCCUUCCUAUCCUCCUUUGUUCAAGGCUACGGCAUGUUCCUCUUCUGUCGCAUGGUGUCUGGCUUUGG